AUGUCUUCGGGAAAAAUGGUCAGCAUUUCAUCACUUCUUGCAAACGAAGAGGAAGAGGAACCGAUCCCAGUCAUCGUGGAUGAUGAUGAUGAUGAUCAUCAUCAUCAAAGGAAUCCUAAAAAUCUGACCCAUUCGGACUCUGAUAGCAGUGAUAUCAAUGAGAUUAUUGACUUAGACGCCCCGCCUUCACAAGACUCAGGCAUUAUCAUUACAAUGCCCACAGAACCAGUACGGUCAUCCAAAUCAUUAUCAAAGAUAUUGAAUCCAGCAGAUACCACUAUAUCAAAGCCUAAGCCCAAACCAAAACCAAGAGCCAAGCCGAAACCAAAAACAGCACCAAAGUCAACAGCAGCAGCAGGCGCAGCAGCAACCACAGCUAAACCAAAGGCCAAAAGAGCCCCAAGAGGAAUCAAAACCAAAAAGGAGGCCCCGGCAGCAGCCUCGGUUCCGCCUCUUCAUUUAAAACCAAUUUCUUUUGCAGAUAUAUUAGGAACGAGCGUGAAUCCCGGUGCAACGCCAGGCAAAGAAUCGCCGACUCCUGUCGUUAUACUGUCAAAGCCAAAAGAUUUGAUCAUUAUUGAAGAUCCAGGCGCCAAAAUAAAAACUAAACAAAAGAGAAAAUCAUCUCCGAGUGCUACAGAAGAAGAAGCAAAUAAAAAGCAAAAGACUCCAAAACCAGAUGCGCGUCAACCUGGACCAGCGUCGGCUGGCAAUAUCAAGGAAUUGGUUUUCGUCAAUGCAGGGGAUAAUGGCCAAACAGCAGCAUCAACACCAUUGCCUGCUCCUAAAACAACAUCAGGUAGAAGGGUGGUGAGCAGCGCUGGCAAGAAGGGAGCAAAGAAGACAGUCAACAAGAAAGAAGAUAAGUCAGAUAGUGACAAACUGAAACUGGCUACCGCUCCAUCACAAGUAAUCAACCCAUAUGUUGAUGUCUUACAACCGUAUUCCGUGCAAGAGGAUUCUUCAAAAAAACAAAUUGCUCUGCCAACUAUCAUUCCAAUAACUCGUGUUUCCCCACAACCACCUCAAUUGUCGGCUUUACAAAGUUCUUCUCAGCAAAAACCUUCUCCUGAAAUAAAAUGUGCGGCUCCAAAACCACAUAGAACUGCCAAAUUGAGCGAUUUAUUGAACAGCGAUGAUGAUAAGGUUAUUGAAGUUCUUGACGACGAUGAGGAGGACGAUGAUGAUGAUGAUGAGAAAGAAGUUGAUUUGGACGCCGAGGAGGAUGAUGACGAUGAAUACGAGGGUAAUCUUAAAAAGAAGUCUGAAAUACCAUUGUUAUUUGAUAUUCCGUUGAAUAAAAUCGACGCAGACGGCAAGAAUACUAUGGUGGGUGGCCAGGUUAUUAUCAAUGUCAUGAAGCUAGCUGAGGAGAAAUACGGGUUCAAAACUAUUCAUCCAAAUGCUAAUUUUGCUAUUGAUGCUUUGAAAGAUGACUUAUUUGAUGAUGAUAUGGAUAUUAUGGGAGAUCCAUUAUCGAUACCUGGUAAUACCGAGAAUAAUGAGUUGUUAAAGGAAUUCAAGAAAACUCAAUUGAAAUUGCAAAAGGAGAAGGAAGAAAAAUUACAAGAGCAAUUGCAGUUACAACAAGACCAAUCUAAUGAGGAGAACAUGGAAGAAUCACAGAAGAAGAUUCGUGAAAUGAUCACAAAGAACAAUAGAAAGAUUGGGAAGUAUGAUUAUGAUGAUCCCUUUAUCGAUGACACAGAAUUAUUGUGGGAGGAGACCAGAGCCGUCACAAAAGAUGGGUUUUUCGUUUAUUGGGGCCCAUUGGUUGAAGAGGCUGGCCAAAUCAAUAAGAUUGCUAUUGCUUCUAAAGAUGCUUCGAGAAACACUACAAAAAAUACCAAAACUGUCAAAAAGUAUAGAAGCAAGCCUGGUCCUAAAAGCAGAAAAGAAAAGGAGGCAAUUGAGAGAGAAAGACAAUUACAGGAACAGGCCAAAUCUGCUGCAUCUGAAGGUAAGACUAAUGGAUCAUCUCAGCCAGAGAAAGCUCAACCAACAGCAAAUUCCAAUCCAGUCCUGAACCCUCCUUCACGCAAACCUCAAACUGUUCAACAAUCUUCUGCCCAAGCUUCGACGUAG